UCUGGACAGUGUGAUAUGUUACCUUGCUUUUAUCUUACAUAUCAGCUAGACAACAAUGGCUGCAGCACACAAGAAGUGAACAUCACUGAGCUCCAAUCAAUUAAAAGACAUCACAGGGUUCAGCUUUUCCAUGUGAAUGCAACUGUUACAGAAGAAGGGACAGGAUUGGAGUUCAGUCAAUCUGGAACAACUAAAAUUGAAGGAAUCACAAGCAAGCUCAUAUUUCUGAAGGCAGAUUCACACUUCAGAUAUGGAAUUCCAUUCUUUGUGAAAGUCCGCCUAGUGGAUAUCAAAGGAGACCCUAUCCCAAAUGAGCAAGUCUUCAUCAAAGCACAAGAACUUGGCUCCACCAAUGCAACUACCACUGAUCAGCAUGGCCUGGCAAAGUUCUCCAUAGAUACUGCUGGCAUCUCGGGCUAUUCCCUCCAUAUCAAAGUCUACCACAAGGAGGAGAAUUCAUGUUCCCGUUUGUAUUGCAUGGAGGAAAGACAUGCAGAGGCAAAGCAUGUGGCCUACGCUGUUUACUCCCGCAGCAGGAGCUACAUCUACCUUGACACAGAGACCAGCAGUGUCUUGCCCUGCAACCAGAUUCACACAGUUCAGGCACAUUUUAUUCUGAAGGGGGUCUUGGUAUUGCUGAAAGAGCUUGUUUUCUACUAUCUGGUCAUGGCCCAGGGCAGCAUCAUCCAGACUGGAAACCACACUCACCAGGUGGAGCCAGGAGAAGCUCCAGUAAAAGGCAACUUUGCCUUGGAGAUCCCUGUGGAGUUCAGCAUGGUCCCCAUGGCUAAAGUGCUCAUCUACACCAUCUUGCCUGAUGGAGAAGUGAUUGCAGAUUCUGUAAACUUUGAAGUUGAAAAGUGUCUUCACAACAAAGUGGACCUGAGCUUCAGCUCAUCUCAAAGUCUUCCUGCCUCACAAACCCGUCUGCAGGUCACAGCUUCUCCUCAGUCCCUCUGUGGCCUGAGAGCUGUGGACCAGAGCGUGCUGCUGCUGAAGCCCGAGGCUGAGCUCUCCCCUUCCUGGAUAUACAAUCUGCCAGGUAUGCAGCACAACAAAUUCAUUCCAAGUUCCCACCUGUCUGAAGACCAAGAAGAUUGUAUGCUGUAUGGACCAUGGGUGGAUGAGAACCCAUACUCGGUACCACAUGGAAGAGAGAAGGAUGUCUACAGAUAUGUGGAGGACAUGGGUUUAACGGCAUUCACCAACUUGAAGAUCAAACAUCCUACACUUUGUUUUGACUAUGAAAUGGUUCCAAUAUUAGCGCCUCGUAUGAAAUUUGAUCUUGCAUUUAGCCAUGAAAAUGAUGGGAGUUUAGACAAGGUAUCAGGUAAAAGACCUCCACCUAAAGAGCCACCACGUAAAGAUCCACUUACCGAGACCAUUCGAAAAUAUUUUCCUGAAACCUGGAUCUGGGAUAUAGUCACAGUAAACUCCUCAGGAGUGGCUGAAGUGGAAAUGACAGUCCCUGACACCAUCACUGAAUGGAAGGCUGGAGCCCUCUGCCUGUCCAGAGACACUGGCCUUGGCCUCUCUUCUGUAGUACCUCUCCAAGCCUUCCAGCCCUUCUUUGUGGACCUCUCAUUGCCCUACUCUGUGGUCCGUGGAGAAGCCUUCAUGCUCAAGGCCACUGUGAUGAACUACCUCCCUACAAGCAUGCGGAUGAGUGUGCAGCUGGAAACCUCUCCUGAUUUCAUGGCUGUCCCAGUGGGAGACGACCAAGAUUCUUACUGCCUCAGUGCCAAUGGGAGGCACACCUCAUCCUGGCUGGUAACUCCGAAGACUUUAGGGAAUGUGAAUGUCUCUGUGACUGCGGAAGCACAACAGUCCCCAGAGCCCUGUGGUUCUGAGGUGGCCACAGUUCCUGAAACUGGGAGAAAGGACACAGUAGUCAAAGUCCUGAGAGUUGAGCCUGAAGGAAUCAAGAAAGAGCAUACCUUCAGCUCACUGCUCUGUGCAUCAGAUGCUGAGCUAUCAGAAAAAAUGUCCCUGGUCCUCCCAUCAACAGUAGUGAAAGAUUCAGCAAGAGCCCAUUUCUCUGUGAUGGGUGAUAUCUUGAGUUCAGCCAUAAAAAACACACAAAACCUUCUCCAUAUGCCCUAUGGCUGUGGGGAGCAGAACAUGGUCCUUUUUGCUCCCAACAUCUAUGUACUGAAAUAUCUGAAUGAAACCCAACAGCUGACUCAGAAGAUCAAGACUAAGGCCCUUGGCUUCCUCAGAGCUGGUUAUCAGAGAGAGCUGAACUACAAACACCAGGAUGGCUCCUACAGUGCCUUCGGUGAUCAAAAUGGCAAGAGUGAAGGAAACACUUGGCUCACAGCCUUUGUGCUCAAGUCUUUUGCCCAAGCUCAAGCCUUCAUCUUCAUCGAUGAAUCACACAUCACCCAACCUGUUACCUGGCUCUCCCAGCAGCAGAAGGACAAUGGCUGCUUCAGGAGCUCUGGAUCAUUAUUCAACAAUGCCAUGAAGGGGGGAGUAGAUGAUGAACUGACCCUGUCUGCCUACAUAACCGUGGCCCUUCUGGAAAGUUCACUCCCAGCCACGCAUCCUGUUGUCUCCAAAGCCCUGAGCUGCAUGGAGUCUUCCUGGAAGACCAUACAGCAAGGAGGAAAUGCCAGCUUGGUGUACUCCAAGGCACUGAUGGCCUAUGCUUUCGCUCUGGCUGGGAACCAGGAUAAGAGAGAUGAAAUCCUGAAGUCACUUGAUGAGGAAGCUAUAAAAGAAGACAACUCCAUCCAUUGGGAAAGGCCUCAGAAACCCGGGAAAUCUGAACACCAAUUGUACAAACCCCAGGCUUCCUCUGCUGAGGUAGAGAUGAAUGCCUAUGUGGUCCUGGCUCGCCUCACUGCCCAGCCAGCUCCAUCCCAUGAGGAUCUGACUCUGUCAAUGAGCACCAUCAUGUGGCUCACAAAGCAGCAGAAUUCCAAUGGUGGCUUCUCCUCCACACAGGACACUGUGGUGGCCCUUGAUGCUCUGUCCAAAUAUGGAGCAAUGACUUUUUCCAGAAGCCAGAAAACUGCUUUGGUGACCAUCCAAUCUUCAGGGUCAUUUUCUCAAAAGUUCCAAGUGGAGAACAGUAAUCGCCUGUUACUGCAGCAGGUCUCAUUACCAGACAUUCCUGGGGAUUAUACCAUCAGUGUGGCAGGGCACGGAUGUGUGUAUGCUCAGACCAUGCUGAGAUACAACAUGUACUUGGAGAAGCUGCAGUCUGCAUUUGAUCUACGGGUACAGACAGUACCUCUAACUUGUGAUAACCCCAAAGGCCACAACAGCUUCCAGAUCUCACUAGAAAUCAGUUACACAGGCAGUCGUCCAGCCUCCAACAUGGUAAUUACUGAUGUGAAGAUGGUAUCUGGUUUCAUCCCAUUGAAACCAACAGUGAAAAAGCUUGAAAGAUUAGAGCAUGUGAGCAGAACAGAAGUGAGCAACAACAAUGUCUUACUAUAUUUGGAUCAGGUGACCAAUCAGACACUGGCCUUCUCCUUCAUCAUUCAACAAGACAUCCCAGUAAGGAACCUGCAGCCUGCCAUCGUGAAAGUCUAUGACUACUAUGAGACAGAUGAAGUGGCUUUUGCUGAAUACAGCAGCCCCUGCAGCUCAGGUGAGCACCCAGCACUCCUACCCCAAGCCUUUCUCUGACCUCCUUACCCUCAACACUAAGCCAAACUUUUGUGAGAUGAGCUCAGACAAUUCUCACUGAUUGGAAAUGCGGAAAUGUGCACCUUUGGAUUGGCAUUCCAACCCCAGAAGACUCGUCCAACUUCCUUACCAAGGUGUAUUGUAGCUUAUAGUAGAAAACUGAAGGAAACCAUUCUCCACCACUGCCAGUUUGCUUUCCUGCAGAGACCCCUGCUGUCUGUGCCCAGUUAGAUUUUACCCAUCAUA